UGCAGCCGCAAAACCCUCUUCUACCUGAUCGCGACGCUCAACGAGUCCUUCCGCCCGGACUACGACUUCAGCGCUGCCAAGAGCCACGAGUUCAGCCGGGAGCCCAGCCUCAACUGGGUGGUGAACGCCGUCAACUGCAGCCUCUUCUCUGCCGUCCGGGAAGAUUUCAACGCCCUGAAGCCGCACCUGUGGGACGCGGUGGACGAGGAGAUCUGUCUCUCCGAGUGUGACAUCUACAG